AUGAUGACGAUGAUUGCCCGGGUCGUGGACGGACUUCCACUAGUCGCGACCAUGCAGGAAGAUGAACAGUCUGGGAAGAGUGUUUUGGAAUACCAGAAUCAGGCCAAAAUGCUGUUCCGAAAGCUGGGGCCCAAUUCACCAACUCGCUGUAGUAUCGAAACGGGACCCAAUCUGUUUCAUUACCUGAUCGAGAAUGAGGUCUGCUAUCUGGUGCUGUGCGAUAAAAUGUUCUCGAAGCGUAUUGCCUUCAACUACCUGGAGGACAUUGCCCAGGAGUUUCAUAACAAUUAUGGCAGGAAGGUUAAUUCUGCCACCAGGCCAUAUGCAUUUAUCGAAUUCGACAUCUACAUACAGAAAGCGAAAAAGUCUCUAACGGAUCGGCGGCGGAUCAUUAACACGAUCAAUACCCAGCUACAGGACAUGCAACGGAUAAUGGUCCAAAAUAUCGAUGACGUUCUGCAACGAGGCACCGUGCUCUCGGAGCUGGACACUAAAACGCAGAACCUAUCGAUGCUAUCGCAGAAAUACAAGAAGGACGCCACCUACCUGAACCGGAAGUCGCUGUACGUUAAGGGUGCCGUGGCAGGAAUCGUCAUAAUAGUGUUUAUUUUAUACUUUUGGAUUAUUUAAUACCGAUAGCGAAGAAAGCCGAAAACGAAAUCAAUGAUGAUGAUGGAGGAAUAGGGAACAUAUAAUCAUAUGAUGAAAACAUCCAACAACACUGUACUAUUUAAUGUUUACGGAAAAGUGUAUCGGACUUAUGUAAGGUACACCGGGGUAAGUGUGGACGGUUUUCCGUAUAGUUCAACUUAAAAAAAUCAUUGAAAAAUCAGCAGUGGAGCAAAUUUCAUAAAAUAACAUUCAAUGUGAUGCAAAACAUGUUGUUUACAAACGCUGAAGAGAUGAGCUCGAUAGAAGGAAAGCGAAAAAAGUUAUGGUGUCUUCAC